AUGGCGGAUGCACUGAAGCGAAAGGCGCCUGUAUAUGAUGGAGAGGCGCCGGCCAAGAAAGCAAAGGCCAGGAAGCAAUGGCGUACGCCACAUCAGCGCGACUCCGGGACAGCCAUCGAGCCUGGUGACGCCGGCAUCUGGGCGUCAUGCAACAUGGGUAGAGAAGGAAAGUGUGUUGCGGAAUUGAAGGACUGCUUUGAGGAAUAUGCAAGAGCUCUUUAUGGGGAUCAGGAAGGCGACAGCGCAGCUGAGAAGCGAGAAGGAGCGGAAGUCGAUGAUAUCGAGGCUGAAAUCAGGAGAGAAGUAGAGGACAUCCGGAAACCUACCACUGCACCAUUGUUCUCAAAUAUCAGACUCGAUGGGGACUGCAUCAUGUUCUUCAAGACCCGGCCCCCUUUGGAACCGGUGUCAUUUGUUCGCAAGAUCUGUGAAGACGCCGCUUCAAGCUCGGGGCGGAAGCAAAGCCGCUUCGUGAAGAGACUGACGCCGAUGACUCUCAUGGGAAAAGCCACAUGGGAGAGCAUGGACGAAGUAGCACAGCAGGUCUUAGCUCCCCAUUUCCAUCAGCCAAACGGUUUGCCGAAGAAGUUUGCUAUUCGUCCAAAUAUACGUAAUCACAAGAUCCUCACGCGAGAAGGCAUCAUCAAACGAGUAGCUGCUGCAGUCGGCCCUGGUCAUAAGGUGGAUUUAAAGGAGUUUGAUCUACUGAUUCUAGUCGACGUAUACAAGAACGUUUGCGGAAUGAGUGUAGUCGGUAACGAUUACGAGAAGCUCAAGCGCUACAACCUCUCAGAAAUCUACGAGCCGACACCGAAAGCUGCUACUAACUAG